AGCCAAUGUGGCUAUACAGUUCUUAUCGUCGUAUUACCAGCUGACUUGCUGACUAGCCAGAGAGGGUUAGUUAUAUUCUAGGAUGUAAUCUUCAUAGGUAGGUAGAAAUAGAAAAUCCAGUCCAAGGUUUAUUGACGCUCGUCACUUUUAUCCAGGCAGCCUGCCGCAGUUUGGGGGCUAUGUACGCCACCAUGCAGGAGGUAACCCACCAUCACCACUAAUAAGUCCUAGGUCCUACUUACCAGCGUACUAUAAACAUUGCGCAUCUUGCACACGGAGACGUCAGAAUGAGCUGAGACUAAUUCCAACCAUAUCGCCAAUUACAAAAUGGCCGGCAAAAUUACCUACCUCUGGAAACUCACCACUCGGUCGGCCUCGACGCCAUUCCGGAUCAAAGGUCAUCGGCUGUCGGCCGGAUUCUGGAUUCGAUUUACUAAGGACGUUGUAAAUGAACCGCCUAAAGACGAGGACGAUCUUUCCGAGAACCGGUACGUGUACGACCCUCUCCCGGACGGAAAGCACAUCCGAUUACUCGAGUUACACCCGGGGUCGGGCGACGACCCACUCAGUGGAACCCUCCGCUCGGUGUCGCUAGCGGACUCCGCGUACGGCAGGUUCGACGCCCUGUCCUACGUCUGGGGCGACAUGCAUAGGCCCGGCGCAGCCACGAUCGCCCUCGGCUCCGGGCAAAACCUCCGGAUAGCGCCCAACCUGACGGACGCGCUCCGCCAGCUCCGGCACAGCAAGCGGUCGCGCGUGAUCUGGGUCGACGCGAUCUGCAUCAACCAACAGGACGACGCCGAAAGGGCGCAGCAGGUCCCCUUCAUGGCGGAGAUCUACACGCACUGCCACUCCGUCCUCGUCUGGCUCGGCCUGCCGACGCCGCACACGCGGCUGGGCAUGGAGAUCCUCGCGUUCCUGGCCCAUAGUAGUUCUAGCAUCGGCGCCGGCGACGACGCGCCCUGGGCCCGCGAGCAGAACGACGUUGUCGAGGCCGCGAUCAACGAUGUCUUGGGACGCCCGUACUUUAGCCGGCUGUGGGUGGUCCAGGAGGCGGCGCUCGCGCCGCGCGUCGUGAUGCACGUGGGCCGCGCGAAGCUGGAGUGGGAUAGGGGCGCGGCGACGCGCCGCUUCCUCAUGCGCAUCAAGAUGGCGGAGCUGGCGCCCUCGUGGCAGACGUCGGCGCUGCGCGACGCCGUCGACUUCCGCCCCGUUAGGGAGCUGUUGGAGCAGAGCCUGGCGGCGGAGGCAAGGCGUACGGGAACCCCGGAGCCGACGACGCUGUUGGACGUCGUGCACUCGAUUCGUAAUAGGAAUGUGAUGGACCCGCGAGACCGCAUCUACGGCGUCAUGAGCCUCGUCACGCCCGCCGAGGUCGCGGGCCUCGUGCCUGAUUACUCGGUCUCGUGGGAGGAGACGUAUCGUAGGUUCUACGACUUGGUCGAGAGCAGGGUGCUGAGGGAUCCUGGGACCACGUUGGAGGAUGUGAAGGGGGUUGGCGGGUGAUGGAUGGAUGAUACGGCUGGAUUGGGUGUUUGGUACGGUUGGUGUUGGUGAGUUUGGCGGGAACAUUUGUGGCAAGUAUAUCGGUUGUAAAGGUCGGUCACUGGCCUCGGUAGGUAUACAUGUGUCUAGGUUGGGUUCGACGACGUCCACGAAAUAACGAUGCUAGG